AUGUUGUGUAACAGUGAAACUGAUCGGAGCUUUCAAACUUCUCAAGUAUUAUAUUUAACAUUGCUCAUAUUUUAUUUAUCUGUGCAACUAAGUAUAACAUCAACUGUACCAAAUACAUACUAUAAUACAACAGAUACAAUGUUAGCGACUAAUAUAACAAAUAAUUCAGUUGGUGAUGAUUUAUAUGUUAUAAAAGCUGUGGUAUAUGAAAUUGGUAUUUUAACAGAUGCUGAUAACACCACUAACGAUACUACUGAAAGGCAAGAGGAAGUUAAACUUUCAUUUUACAAUCCUCCUAAUAAUAGCAAAGGACCAUAGAAAGAUGUAUGUGUCAUCUGUUAUUUAAUAUAACGUGACUAAUUUUCAUAUACUUGGUCAUGCAACAUUAAUAAAUUUAAGAAAACAUGAAGAACAUUUUGGACAAAUAUUUA